AUGGCUACGCUAGCUUGCCCUAAGGCGACUAUCGCCUUCGCUGCUUGCACCAAUGCCGCUUCUCGACCAGCGGCAUCUGCGGCGGUUUCUGCGGCUCCCGUGAGCAGCAGAAGCGCUCGCCUUGCCGGAUCUCUCUCCGCUUCCGCCGCCGCCGCUGCCGCUGCGUGCUCCGGCAAAGAGCUCUUCUCCACACCCGUAGCGCACUCACGCGGGAAUCCCGGGGCAAGCCGCGCCGUGUCUCGCGGCGCUGUUCGUGUCGACGCCAGCGUGGCGCGGCGCAAGGUCCUGAUCGUCAACACUAACGGCGGAGGCCACGCGGUGAUUGGCUUCGCGCUAGCCCGUCAGUUAGCGACUGCCGGCCACUCGGUGACGAUCAUGACCGUUGGCGACCGGAACUCCGACAAGAUGAAGAAGCAGCCAUUCUCGCGCUUCUCGGAGCUGCGCGCGGAGGGCGUGCGCACGGAGUGGGGCGACCCGGCACGGCUGUCCGCCGUGUUCGGCGCGACCGGGGGCUUCGACGUGGUGCUGGACAACAACGGCAAGGACCUCGACACCGUCAAGCCCGUGGCGGACUGGGCGAGCGCGGCGGGCGUGCGGCAGUUCCUGUUCAUCAGCAGCGCGGGCAUCUACACGCCCUCCUCCGAGACCCCGCACGUCGAAGGGGACGCGGUGAAGGAGAGCUCGGGGCACGCGCAGGUGGAGAAGUACCUGGCGGGCAAGGCGUGGGGCGACGGAUGGGCGGCGUUCCGCCCGCAGUACAUCACAGGGUCGGGCAACAACAAGGACUGCGAGGAGUGGUUCUUUGACCGCAUCGUGAGGGGGCGGCCAGUGCCCAUCCCAUCCCCGGGCAUCCAGCUGACAGUGGUGGCGCAUGUGGACGACAUAGCGCGCAUGAUUGCCCUCGCCAUUGACUACCCGCAGGACGCCAAGGGUCAGAUCUUCAAUGCAGUGGGUGGCAGAGCGGUGACAUUCGACGGGCUGGCUCGCAUGUGCGCCAACGCUGCUGGCCGCGCCUCAUCGCUCAAGAUCGUGCACUAUGAUCCCAAGGCCGCUGGGGUCGAUGCCAAGAAGGCUUUCCCCUUCCGGAACAUGCACUUCUAUUCGGAGCCUCGCAAUGCGCGGGAGAGGCUGGGCUUUAAGAGCUUCACGGAUCUGCAGACUGUUCUGAACCAGCGGUACAUUGACUAUGUGGCGGCUGGGAGGGACAAGAAGGACGCCAAGUUUGAGACACGUUUACAUCCCACCACAGUUCCCUUCCUCCAUCCAUCCUCUCUCCGCCACUUCACCCGCCGAUCACCGCCAUUCCGACCCUCACCGCUCCGCUCAUCACGCUGCGAUCAUCGCGGGCCCGCCAGCAUGAGCGGCAUCGGCAGGGCGCUGUACAAUGUGGGCUUCUGGGUGCGCGAGACGGGGCAAGCGCUCGACCGACUCGGGUGCCGGCUGCAGGGCAAAUACGCCUUCCAUGAAGAGCUCUCGCGGCAUCGCACCAUCAUGAAUCUUUUCGACAAGCUGCCCGAGGUGCCCGCAAACGCCUUCGUGGCGCCGAGCGCGGCGGUGAUUGGCGACGUGCAGAUCGGGCAGCGAUCGUCUGUGUGGUACAACGCCAUUCUUAGAGGCGACGUGAACAGCAUCCGCGUGGGCGCGGACACCAACAUUCAGGACGGCUGCAUCGUGCACGUGGCAAAGACCAACCUGGCCGGCAAGAUCCUCCCCACCAUCAUUGGCUCGCGCGUCACCGUCGGUCACAACGCAAUACUGCAUGCAUGCACGGUGGAGGACGAGGCGUUUGUGGGCAUCGGAGCAACGCUGCUGGAUGGGGUGGUGGUGGAGUCGGGGGCCAUGGUGGCCGCUGGCGCCCUUGUCGUGCAGAACACGCGCAUUCCUUCGGGACAGAUCUGGGCAGGGUCGCCAGCCAAAUUCUUCCGCACGCUGACAGCAGCCGAGAGGGCAUUCAUUGCCAAGUCAGCAGAGAGCUAUGCCAGCCUGGCAGAGGUACACGCCAAGGAAAACGCCAAGAGCUUUGAGGAGGUGGAGGCGGAUAAGAAGCAGAGGGAGGGGUGGGCCAACUACAGUGAAGACUUCGUUUCUAGUGUGGGCGCUGUUGUGGAUAAGCCGCCUGUUCCUGGCCCAGUCAAGCUGGCUUAG